UUAUGUGCUUUCUUUAAGUCACCUGUCGACUUAUGGCAAACCCAUGAAUUUCACAGGCAGGAAAUCCUCCAAAAUAAUUUUUGUGAGAUCCUUCCUCACAAAUAUAGCCUAUAGCACCUAGUCUCCCAUUUACGCAUUUACGCAGUGGACUUCCAAGAUCAGAUGGAGUUGUGGCUGAAAUUUUCCACCUGUAGUUUCACUGUUUCUUCUUCCUCCCUUGUCCCAAUCUUGAGCUUGACCUCUUCAUCUGGACAUCUGGACCAUCCUCAUUUGUCUGCAGUAGCUUGAAGCUCAGGAGUUGGUAGACUUGGUGCGGUUGAAGCGUGAGACAUCCCUGAAAAGCGACCAAGUGGAACCAGAGAGGUUUAGGUUCUGGAAUGGCACAGCCUUCCAUCUUGUCCAGAAAAACCACAACAGCAUUGCCUAGCAACAAGGUAGAGUGAGUGCAUUUAUGAUGCCGGAGGAAUCCAUGUCGGAAUUCCAUGGUGAGCCGUAAGAGACAAGCCCGUGCAUUGGGGGCCUUGUGUGUCAGAUGACACCAUGCAACUUCACAAAAAAGCAGGGAAAUCCAGCCUCAAAAUGAAGCAGAGGUGGUAAGUUGGCUCCCCUUCAAAAUCCAGCAAGAGAACCAUUUUCAUUCCUUGCAAACCGGCUAAUGGCUUCCAGUUCAACAAAGAUGCCAGACGACUUCAACAUAUUUUACCUUCUCAAGGGUGUCCUUCCCUUGGAGACAUCAGAGGAGCCUAUGGAUGAAUCCAGAGACGAGACAAACCCGCAGUACCAAGGACUCACUGGCCUCCGAAACCUGGGCAAUACCUGUUACAUGAAUGCGGUGAUACAGUGCCUCUCCAGCGUAUGCCCGCUGGUCGAAUAUUUCCUCUCUGGGAGAUACACAGCAGCACUGGACAAGAACAAUGGGGAGAUUGCAACAGCCUUUGCUUACCUGAUGAACGACAUGUGGCUGGGGGACUUUGACUGCGUGUCCCCAGAGGUCUUCAGACUGGUAAUUGGUGAACGGUACCCGGCGUUCAUCAAGAAAACCCAGCAGGAUGCGCAAGAGUUCCUGAUUUAUGUCUUGAAUGAGCUGCACGAAGCACUGAAAAAGACAAGCAAGAGAAGGAACCAAGGGUCCUCCUCUUCCACCUGGGAUUCCAGGGGGACUUAUGUCAGCGAGUCCUCCAUCAUCACCCGGCUUUUUGAAGGACAUCUCAGCUAUGACAUCAUGUGUUUGGAGUGUCAAAACACCACUUACAAAAACGAGAUCUUCACCGUGUUAUCGCUUCCCAUCCCGUAUGAGACCGAAUGCUCACUAGAGGAAUGCCUUGAAUGCUUCUUUCAGCAAGACAUGCUGACAUGGAACAACCAGAUUAACUGUUCCUGUUGCGGGACAAAGACUGACGCCGCGGUCAAAGCCAGCAUCGCCAAGGCGCCCAAGGUGGUCGUCUUCCACCUGAAGAGAUUUGACUGUCAAGGACAUUACAAAAAGAAACUGAAAACAGACAUCUACUAUCCGCUGAAUAACUUAGAUUUGUCUUCUUAUAUAUAUCCACUCUUUCGGAAAAACCCCAAAUAUAGCUUGUUCGCUGUGGUGAAUCACUUCGGAGACCUGGAUGGCGGCCAUUACACCGCGUUCUGUAAACACACGCCGAGCCAAAGCUGGUACAGCUUCGAUGACUCUCAGAUCAGCGAGAUUUCAGAGCCUGAUAUACAAACAUCUGCAGCUUAUCUCCUGUUUUACAACAACCAAACUUUCUCUGUGCCGGUUAAAAACCAGAAUGGCUAAGAAACCAUGACUUAAGACACAUUGACACUGGGCAAAUAUUCACUGACUUGGCCGAACCUUUGGUCCUUCAUCGCAGAAGAACAGCUGCGUUUUGGGCCACACUUGGCGAUUUAGACGCUGGCGUCCGUACCACUUCUUUCCUCAUUGGAAAAAAACGAAAACAGAAACGAGUGGAUGCUGGUUGGGAACACAUUGUCAGUAAGCUUUCGCAGCAUGUGGUACACUUUGAGCUAAAUAAAUUCUUCCUGGGCAGCUAGAA